GAAGCGUAGAAGAAGAAGCCGCGGAGACGGAGACGACAAUGACGAAGAAGAAACAGGGCGUCCAUUUUGUUCAGCCGCUCUGCAGAAACAUCAACAGAAGAGGACAAAGAGCUGCGAUGGACGGUGAUGUUGCAGUUGGUGUGAAGAGAGGCUCAGAUGAGCUGAACAUGUACAGUAGCAGCCCCAGCUCCAUGACCGCAAACGGCAGUGACAGUAAGAAACAGCGCCUGGAUGAGUCUCCUCCCUCCAGAGUCCUCCACAUCAGAAAGCUGCCCAAUGAAGUGACGGAGACUGAGGUCAUUGCUCUAGGACUGCCGUUUGGAAAGGUCACCAAUAUAUUGAUGCUGAAGGGAAAAAACCAGGCAUUUCUAGAGUUGGGUACAGAGGAAGCUGCCAUCACUAUGGUCAACUACUACACUGCAGUCACGCCACAGGUCAGAAACUCUCCUGUGUUUAUCCAGUAUUCUAACCAUAAGGAACUGAAAACGGAUUCGGCUCUGAACCAGAGAGCCCAGGCGGUGCUGCAGGCAGUGUCAGCAGUGCAGGAGGGAGGCUCCCCAUCCUCCGACCCGGGAGUUUUGGAGCUGGCCCCACCCCCAAGCCCAGUCCUCCGAAUUAUCAUUGACAACUUGUUUUAUCCCGUAACACUGGAUGUUUUACAACAGAUCUUCAGCAAGUUUGGGACUGUGAUGAAGAUCAUAACCUUUACUAAGAAUAACCAAUUUCAGGCUCUUCUGCAGUUCAGUGACCCUGUCAACGCACAGCAAGCCAAACUGUCUUUGGAUGGCCAGAACAUCUAUAACUCAUGCUGUACACUGCGGAUAGACUUCAGUAAACUGGUCAACCUCAAUGUCAAAUACAACAAUGAUAAGAGUCGUGAUUACACCAGACCUGACCUCCCUACAGGAGACGGAGAGUCAACCAACAAGGAUCACUCUUUAUUGGGUACCCCAUCUGGAGCGCUAGCUUCCUACUCUAGUGGAGGAAGUUAUUCAUCAUCUCUCUCCCUCUCGCAGGGUGGAGGAGCCAUCAGUCCUCUGAGUGCUGCAGCCGCAGCAGCCGCAGCUGCGGGCCGUGUUGCUCUGUCGGGGUCUGGAGUGUCCGGGGUCCUGUUGGCUUCCAACCUAAAUGAAGAGAUGGUCACGCCUCAAAGUCUCUUUACCCUCUUCGGAGUCUAUGGUGAUGUCCAGAGGGUGAAGAUCCUCUACAACAAAAAGGACAGUGCCCUUAUCCAACUAUCUGAUGGUAACCAGGCUCAGCUUGCGAUGAGCCACCUAAAUGGUCAAAAGGUGUUUGGUAAAGUGAUGAGAGUGACAUUGUCAAAACAUCAAACCGUGGCCUUGCCAAGAGAAGGGUUGGAUGACCAACUGCUGACUAAAGAUUUUUCUGGCUCUCCACUCCAUCGCUUCAAGAAGCCCGGCUCCAAAAACUUCCAGAACAUCUUUCCUCCGUCAGCAACUCUUCACCUCUCCAACAUCCGGGAUGGAGUCGGAGAGGAAGAUCUCCGCCUUCUUUUCUCUAACAGUGGAGGAUCAGUCAAGGCUUUCAAGUUCUUCCAAGACCGGAAGAUGGCUUUGAUCCAGAUGUCAUCGGUAGAGGAAGCGAUCCAGGCUCUUAUGGACCUUCACAACUACGACAUGGGAGGGAAUCACCAUCUUAAAGUUUCCUUUUCAAAGUCUACCAUCUAAUCCUCCCACCCAGCUCCUGUUGACAUCUGUGAAAUGCAAAGAAGCCACUGCCCUCGGUGCCCUCUGUUCAAAAUUCUCUGUGAAUAGUUUUCAGUUUAAAAUAAUGACGUUUCAAAUUCUACCACGUGUUUUGUUUUUGGACCAGUAGAAGGAGUAGGUGACUCAGUACCAGCCUCGUAGACAGUUCUCCUCUGACCUGAACAUGAGAGCAGCCAAACACCAGCUCAAUAUGUCAUUUACCCCCAGUAGAAGUACAAAUGUACUGUGUCAGUCCACAACAGCAACCCAGCUGAGUAUGCUUACAGAAGAAAAUACGGUCUGGUGUUAAAAUACUCCCAGAUAAUUUUAAACUGCGUCAUUUCUUGGUGCAAAUUGCUGUUGUGAAGUUUCAUAUUGCUCUACCCGAAUGUUGGCUGUCUGUGUGGCAGCUUCUGUCACUCCGACUCUCUUUUGAGACUUGAGGUCCUCUACAUAUAUCAGUAUUAACCUCUACUUUGUCACCAAUGACCUGACUCCUCUUAAUUAUUUAAGGAUAUCUGAUCAAUGGGCUAUUCAGUUUCUGACUUGGAUUGGAGGUGCGCUGGUUUGAUCUCUUAAAUCUCACCGUGUUCAUUUACACACUUGGGUUUGUGGGAAAGCCAACCUCACACAUGCAUUGGGGUCUACAUGUUAUCACUAGUGUAAAUAUAGUGGCUGACAAAGAAAUGUUUGCACCUCUGGUGAAAUGAGUGUCACUGUGGAUGAUAAACCAGGUAAGAGGAUGAGCUGAUUUCCAGAAAAAGCGUUAGGUACAAAAUGCAGCCUCAUUUCUUCAAUACUUUAGCCAAGCGUUUAUUUAUUCUAUUGGUUUACCUUUUUAUGUUUAUUUUUUCCCCACAAACACGCUGAACAACACAAACUUACCGUCUUUGCACUGCAAUGAGGACACACUUUCACAUCUAAGUCUUUGAAUUGCUUUUGGGAGGUUUUUAUUUGAUCUUUCUCCAGGAGACUUCUCGUCCUCAGAUAAUGAGCUUUCUUGCUCUUCUGAGAGAUGUGCAAGUUGGAGAAAUGUGAGUGCCAUGUUAAAGCUCAUGUAUCCCUGGUGUAGUUUCAGGAAUAUUUAGGAUCAUUAUCCGGCUUCAAGCACCGCCCCGUAUUCCCCCUCAACUUUUAAAACACGAUAGAUACUCGAGGUGCCAGACUUUUGGAAACAUAAGAGCUCAAAACUUUUUCAUUGUGUUUUUUUUUUUUUUUUAAAACACGAUAAUACUCUGUCAUAAGAGCUCAAAACUUUAGCAUUAGCUUUUUUUUUUCUGAAGUUGCACAAAACAGUACUAAUCUUGCUUAAGAACAAAGUUAAACUUUUGUCUUGAUGUCUUUUGGAGAUGGGCUCAUCCUCUACUUUCUGAAGUGUCCAAAAGAAAAAUCUCUGAAAAAGCAUUUCCUGUCCCUGGUUACCAACGCAAAACGAAAACAUUUUGCACCUGUACCUGUAAAUUCUGCGGCACUACACAAAAUACCAUCCAUAAAACACCAAAAUGUAACUAAAUGAUAGUCUGGAGUACUUUAGAAACCCUCAAAAGAAGAUGUGAUGCAUUGUCUAACAGUUUCUAAAUUACAUGUAAAACCAUCUUGCAGUUGUUCCCAACAGAGCCUGUUAAAAUCCUGUCCCGCUCAUCUGAACACCAACAGUCAGGGGUCGCCAUGGACACACACAGGAUGCAUGCUAAUGCCGUCUGUUUAAACAAGGUUUCAAACAUGUGAUUCUGGUCUUGGUCUCUGGUUUUGGGAGACCCGUUGGGACCACAUGUGCCUUUAGUCUGUGAUCUGAUUUUAUUGUUGAUACUUUUGUGUCUUUAAACAGAUUGCUUUACCGGUAACGUUUGCUGAUCUCGUGUUGUAAACCAGUAAGAACAGAUGAUUUUAUUUUUUACUGACUUGGAAAUAAGAAGCAGCAGCAGCUGACCUCGCUUUUCCAGUCACACAUACGAGCGCUUUUCUCAAGCAGGCGUAUGCAGGAGGCUGGUCAAACGUCUCAGCUGAGGCCGCUUCCAGAGUCGGUCUUUAUUUCUGUUGGUUUUCUGUUUUUGUAGUUGCAAACCUUAUUUUUGGACAUUUAAUUUUUCCUGUAAUUGUUGUACAUGUUCCACAUGGUUUCAGUUUUUUUCGUGACAAGAUUGCAGACUAGCAAAAAUUAAAUGCGUCUUUUCUACAAAUGGAAGCAAGUAAAGUGUUUGUUGUUGUGUAUGGAUGAUUUCAAGCCUUUGCUCAUCUGUAUCUUAUCUGUAAUAAACUUCUUACUCUGUUCA